AUGACCAGAAUUGGAUCUAGGUUUCAGAGUUCCAGAUCGCCUCCUAGAAGGUGGCCUUCUAAUAGCCAACAUGUUAAACGUGGAAAGUUGGAAAUGGACAUGGAUUUUGCGGCUCCUGAUUGGAAAACAACCGAACUGUCGAAGUUCGAAAAGCACUUUUACCAAGAGCACCCCUCAUCAGCUUCCAGAUCAGAGGCGGAAGUGGAAGCAUUCCGGAUGAAGUAUAGAAUGUCACUUUCAGGAAGGGAUGUUCCACGCCCUGUUUUGUCAUUCAGUGAGCUGAACGUUCCUGAUUACAUUUUAAGUGUGAUUGCUAAAAAUGGUUGGCAGCUCCCAACGCCCAUACAGUCACAAGGAUGGCCUAUGGCGCUUUCCGGGAGAGAUGUUGUUGGGAUAGCCCAAACUGGGUCAGGCAAGACGGCAACAUUUCUAUUACCGGCCAUUAUCCACAUUAUGGCACAGCCCAAACUGUUACGUAAUGAAGGGCCGAUAUGUCUCGUUCUCGUUCCUACCCGUGAAUUAGCUCAGCAGGUUCUUAGUGUUGCAACAGAAUUUGCAAACGCAGCAGGCUUACGAGCGCUGUGUUUCUACGGUGGAUCUGCCAAAGGCACCCAACUCCGCGAGAUGCAAAGAGGCGGUGAGAUAUGUAUCGCUACCCCUGGUCGACUUAUUGAUUUUAUCCGAGCUCAAAGAAAUUUGCUUUCGAGGGUGACAUACUUAGUCCUGGAUGAAGCUGAUCGGAUGUUGGAUAUGGGCUUUGAACCGCAAAUUAGAAAAAUCAUUAGCCACAUACGCCCUGAUCGUCAAACGCUUAUGUGGUCUGCAACUUGGCCACGGGAGGUCCAAACCUUGGCCAGAGAAUUUCUCGUCGACUAUAUCCAGGUCAACAUUGGGUCCGUCUCACUCCACGCCAACCCAAAUAUCACUCAAAUUGUUGAGAUAGUAGAUGAUUGGAGUAAAGAGCAACGAUUAAUAGGUCUCCUGGCAAGCUUUGGACGAGCACGUACUCUUGUGUUUGUUGAAACUAAACGCCGUACUGAUCAGCUAACAAAUUCUCUACGGCGUCGUGGGUUUUUUGUCGAAUCAAUGCAUGGUGGUAAGCAGCAGAGAGACAGAGAAAUGACACUUGCAAGUUUCAAAAGUGGAAGAGUCAACAUACUUGUGGCCACAGAUGUGGCAUCUCGGGGUCUCGAUAUUGAUGACAUAGAGUAUGUCGUUAACUUUGAUUUUCCUAAUCAAACUGAGGACUACAUCCAUCGUAUUGGGCGUACUGCACGUAGCAACAAGACAGGAACCGCAUUCACUUUCUUCACACACAAGAAUGCCAGACAAGCUCGUGAUCUAAUUGAAAUAUUGGAUGAAGCUAACCAAGAGAUAAGUCAGGAACUCAUCCAGCUGGCUGGCAUGCCCAGUUAUCUCAGGAAAUCUGGAGCUGUCAAAAAAAAUACUCCCGUCUUCCAACAAAAACCACCUGGUCGCGUAACUGGUUUUGGAAACCCAUCUUCAAGCUUCUCAACACAAGAUAUAAGAGCUGUCAACUCUGGAGUUUCUUAUCAGAACGGCUCAUCUCUCAUGAAUAAAGUGAAUACAGCUGCUGAAAAUUCUCAUAUAACAACAGGUCUGUUCCCUGCAACGUUCAAAUCUAUUCCUAGCGAUCCGUCUAUCAGUGGUCGCCAACCGGUGUUGGGUAGUGCACCGACUAGUCAGGUGCCAGCAUAUGGGGGAUUAUCGCAAUCUUUUCCAGUGAAUGACACUAGGCUCAGUGAGACUAACUUUCUAAAGCCUAGUCCGGCAGAUGCUAUCGAGACGGGGAAGUGGGAUAGGCGAAUCGCUAGUACAGAGAAAGUUAGUUCUGUAAUGGCUACGCCCAUUCCCUUAGCUCAAAGUUCGAAUACGGUUACUGAAACAAAUGAUCAGUGGCCUACUAACCAGUGGGGGGCCAGUGUCAAUCAGGUCCAACCGCAUUGGAAUCCAUCACCUGCGGACGCAAUGGCGACCAAUGGUUCAUUUCAGCGCUCUGUUGGUCAAAAUAUUAAGCGACCUACACUUAUGGAUCCAUCUGCAUCUCAUAUCAGUUUAGUAAAUCCCAGCAGUGAUAUGCCCGUAUCAGCUGUUAGAUCCCGGGGUUCUGUGGCGAACCCUAAACUGAACUGUCCCCCAGGGAAUCUCUCACAAUAUUCACAACAAUGGCCAGGUUUUGCUUCGAAUCCCUACUCAUAUUCUGCGCCACCUCCUGCAGUUACAGACACGUCUUCGUCCAACUGGGGCACUGGAUGGGCCCCAAACUAUCACGGAAGUUAUUAAAUGAUCCAAAGUGCCGUUUCAAACCGUACAUUUUUUCCGAACUACAUUGUCGACCAAAUAACUUUUGUCAGGAGGCUGUCAAGUUUGUUGAUUGCACGGCCUCCAGCAAUAUUGUUUUCUCUUCUGCAUUCGUACAAGUGUAGUACGAAGCACAAAUUGUAGCCCCAUUAAAGCUAAAGCAUUAUCUGUAAACAAUGUUUUGUUCUUCAUACUUUACACUACUGUGUUGAAUGUGCAGGCAAGUAAUUUGAGUAUGAAAGCAUUUAAACUGCUGUUAUUUGUGGCCAGUUACUAUGUUACUAGUGCAAUAGUAAUAAAAUUAAACAAGAUCACAUUGCAAAAAAUUGAGUUAAUCAUGAAACUGAAUCUAGGUGAAGUAUCAGCAUCAUUGUGGUAGUUUUACUAGUCCUUAGGUGCACUGGUUUGGGAUAAUGGCCUUAUUUUGAAAAAAAUGACCAUAAAAGGGCUGUGUUCUGUUUUAUGUCUGCUUGGGUUAAGUGACAUAAGUGUCCAUAAUAACAGGUAACAACAUAGGAUAGCUGCAUAGUGAUCUGGGUUGCCACGACUUACAUCGACUCAUCGCUGUAGGUGUCGACAAACGAAAAUACGUCAGGUGGAGAAAACCAUGAGCGUAUCAGAAAAAGAAAAGAUGUAAAAUGCUGUAUGGAUGAAAAUGCAUCGUGAUUCAUUCUGCAGUCCAUUGUCAUCAUACCAGUAAGGGAUUAUUUUGGUGUUACGAAAGAUUGUAAGAUGGGACAUUUGAUUUGUUGGCGAUAUUGUUAGCGUAUCUCAACUAGGAAGGUUUCGAUUCUGCUUACAUUUUCAGAUUAACUCCAAGCGCCUCAUUACUUUUAGAUGUUUUCAGUUUUAGUAGUAAUUCGUGUUAAGAAUUUGCUGCUGAAAAUAUGACUAAGGGACUAACACGUGACACGUUCUCCGAUCCACCUUUUGUUUUUUUAUUUUGCAUAACGUGCAACUCAGAUUGAAAGUAUUCAGCAGGUGCUUUCGUAUGCUGAGAUUUUUGAGUUGGUGCCCAACAAGUAAUUGUGCUAUCAUUGGUCUGAUGACCAUUAAGGAAGUUCGUCUAUAUUGUUUGUUUCGUGUGCGCCACGUGUUUGAAGUCUUGGUGUAAAUUGUCUUACUGAUUUGCUUGAUGCUACCUUUAUUAGUAUUUUGAUGUUUAAGGUCUUAUUAAGAUGACACGAUGUAGUGUCCAAACCUGGGCGUAUUGGGUUCGAAAGUUACAUGUUUGUAAGUAAGUAGGCUUAUUUGCGGGUAUGAAAAUACCUUGAAAACAAUUGUUAACUGAUACAUUUCGAGGCUUUGUAUCAUUUCUGCUCCUGAUAAGGUAAGACUUGGUGGGCUAUUCAGCCAUAAGUCAACAAAUAUCUUCCCCACCGUCUACUCAUAUAAUCGACUUUAUCGUCCACAAGACGUAAAUCCGGUUAUCAUUACCAUACAUAUAUGACAUUCCUUUCCUUAUUAAUGUUUUUAUUCACUCCAGUUUUCCCUUUUCCAGAUAACCAAGUUAUGAUGCAAGAAAGUAUCCGUGCGUAAACAGAAAGGAUAUUAGUUUUAGCGGUAACCUAGUGAAGUCACAUUGAUGAUUUAUGGAAAAUCUGGUAUAAAUAGUUGCAAACUGUGAAAUAAGGGUAGAGUUAAGGAAUGAGCCAUAAAAUGGCUUGUAAGAAAAUUCAAGGAUUUCUUUUUUUUGGGGGGGGGGGAGGAGUGAGGAAAGCGAACUCAUCCGGUACUAUCCAUUUGCUUUGUUCUGUAAGUCGACAAUCCGCACUAAAAGUGAUUUGUUAAGAUGUUACGAAAUCGUUAUGCAGUCAGUUACUUAAGUAAUGUUGUCUGAUAUGCUUAGCGCAUGCAGUGCAAACUGGUGAACUAGUCAGCACCUUCAGAGUUAUUCUUUGUAUUUCAUGUUUAUGAUGGUAAAAUUCAGGAGGUAUUCUGUUAUCGUCUGUGACUUAUCUUUGCCUUGCAGUCGUCAAGAUCUCAUAUCAGAAUAACCCAGCUUUGUUGAUGUUGACAUACUGUGACGCUUUAGAUCCAUAAAAUGUUAAAUAUUGACCCGUAAAUUUUAUUGCAAGCUGGAAAUGAAUCAUGUAAGCUGAAUGCAUGCGUUGUUUGGUGAUCAGAAGUGAGGAAUCUUGAGAAGCAUUAUCUUGGUGAAAUUCCUGCUUUAGGCUAGCUUCACUACUAGUUCGAUUACUAUAUUUCUUUUUUCAGGUACCUUUAGAGGUGAAAAGUUUCGAGUAUGAGUCAGAUAACUUUACAUAUUCAGUAACUGGUCCUUUUUGAUGACUACAGACCAUCUACUUUCGUACUUCCUGAAUGUUCUUUUUAGUGAGUUUCAAUAAUAUUCGGUUCGACAAUCUAAAAUGAUCAAUUGAAUCAACGUGUUUAUUACCUUGGUUUCGUGGAACCACGCUCCUGAGUGCAUUUUGAAAAGCUGUUAUCGAAUUCCUUGCCACAAGGCAAGUAUAAAUAGCUAAAACUCCGACUUUUCCGAGACACGGUAUUUGUCAUUUUUGUGUUGCACACGGUUCCGAGCAUGGUUAUUAACCUAGCUGGUAUGUUGAGUUCGCAUGACUUUAACAAAAGAUAUUUUUCCUCCUUGGAAACAGCUUCAAAGCCAUUUAUGUACAGGUAUAGAGAUGAAUCCAAGUGUGGGUAAUACUGUCGACUAUUUCCUGUUUGACCAUAAUCUAUCCAUUCGUUUGCGUGUAACUAAGAAUGGUGAUAUACUCCUGUCGAUGACUGCUAAGUUUAUGUGGUCACUGAGCUUGCAUACAGCAGUGACCCAUCAAGCUAUACUGGUGUACUACUUGCUUUUUUAAGAUCCUACCAUGCCAGAUAGAUCAGUUGGUGAGUGGUAAGAUAAAAAGCAGCUACCGUUAUGAUGGUAGUCCAAGAGUUAAGACAUACGGCUACCUGAGGGGGAGUAUGAAAGCAACUUGGUGUUUACCACGAAUCUUCUCUAUGUAGAAAGGAAUUAAGAAAAAGUUCACCCCGCAUUGUGUUGCAUUCUGGUGUCGCCGGUACGACUUCCUAGCCACAAUUUAAUCAGAGCUAGGAUCUCAAUUUCCGAUAAGGUUAUGUGUGAUCAGCCUCAUUCGAUGUCUCUUUGAACUUCGGGGCCACGAACCACUAUCAAUAGCCUAACUUAUUUUCCUGGUGCCUCAAGCAGUAACCGAAGUCAUGAACAGUCGGAAAGUGCCAAGUCCUUCUGUCGGCGCUUAAGUCUCUACAGAUCAUCGUCAACCUUCCACGUAUUUGGCUUCCAAUCGUUCGUUAUGUAUCAUGUCAACUUGGACCGUUACCCACUAAUACCCGGGUCCCAAAUUGAUGUCGUCUGUCUCUCGUUGAGAUUAUCAAAACGAGUUAUGCGUUCGCUAGCUUUGAACAAUGAAAGUCAACUGCACUUCGUACAAUGAUGUCCUUGAAAUACGAUUACGGACUUUUAUUAACAAUGACAAACAGAUCUUUUGGAAAAUCGAUUGAAUUCCGUCCUAAACAUCAUAUUUUGCAUCGAGGAACAAAAUAGCUUCAUCACUUUUCAUGACAGCAACAUAUCAUACAAAAUUCCAUGACUUCAAUCCACUUCCUUGUUGAGUUUCAAGGUAGAAAGUGUACUGUUCAGCUGGAUCCGAGAUGAGUGGCCUAUGCACUGUUUGAGUGAACGGUAGAGCAAAGACUAACAGGAAUAGUGAAACUCAUCGUCGUGUUAUCUUAGUCUCUCCCUACGCAACGACUAUCGCAGUUCAGAUUAAGUGAUACCGAAAACUGACACUUUGAAAGGCAAGUAUUGACAUGUUAAAGCCACUUGAUUUAAAUGCGCCAGUGGGCUGGCCAGAUCAAAUUGGCACUUAAGAGACACUUGGGAUCCCGGCAUAACGAAUGCAUGACGGCGAUCACUUACAAUAAUGCUCAGAAAACUGCCCAUAUCUGGACACAGGACCGUACGGUGUGACGACCACCGACGUAAACGCAACGGUUAGCCAUAUUGCUACCAGUUAUCUAUGCAGAGGGUUGGCGAGAGCCUUCCAUUUCCCUGAGGCACUUGUUUGGAGGGCAUUUGCGUGCAGAUCGGCUCCCAAAUGGACACUGACAAGCUCAUUCCAAUCGCAAGUCGGUUACUUGAAUACUAAGGUCACUGUCAAUAAGUAACUGGCCAGACAGCUAUCGAGAAAAAUAACGUUAUGCAUUCGGAGCGAACCUGGUGCCGUCUCCAGUCUGCUGUAAAAACAACACUGAAAACCGUAGACGAUUCAUAAAAUGGUGGUUGAAAGGCCAGCGGAUAUCAGCAGCUUCUGAAUUACUAGACGCUUGAAAAUAUUACUGCAACCUGGAGCCUAAUUGAAAGCGAAAUCAACUUAAAUUAGGACUGCUAAAAAGUCCAGUCAGUGAAGGGCAGCGAAGUGUGUUACGAUUGGUUGUAGUAGGCACUUAAACUAUCAGGGAAGCUUAAGACUAGUAAGAAAGGCUGGUGCUUAGCCCACAGGGAAAACAACUGGAAGGAUUGGCGAAGCACUUUGAAAAAUGCCAAGUGGCCUCCGCUGUCCAAUCGAAUACUCAGGCUGAGCCUCCAACUCUAGCCGAAGUCAUAAAGACUAUAGGUAACCUGAAACAAAAAAGAACAGAUGGACUUACCUACUCGCGGAGAUACUAAAGGACUAUGGUUGUGAGUUUCUAGUCAAACUAACUGAAGUGUUAGCCAGCAUACGGAGAUGAAAUAUGAUCUUGCUCCUACUUCAUUCUUCAAAAAGGGUAGAAGUUCUGAGGUAACCAAUAAAAAAGCAUCAUUUGAAUAGGGUUCUUUAGUUAUGAAACGUUUAGAUGGGACCCAGUGAGGCGCGUUUCAGAUAUAGUCGUCUGUGCUUCAUCCGAAUUUUAACGCUCAACUAGGUCAUACGACUCUUUGAGGUUGAGAAGGCUGUAUCGUAGCUGAAACGGUACAAAGGAGCAGGAACUGACAGUUUGCUACCUGAAGUUUUCCAGGAUAAAGGUAGGAGAUUGCUUAAAGGGAUGAAGGUACUAGGUAGUGUUCGGGAAUCAGAGGUAGUCCCGUCAAACUGGUGUACUUCACUGAUCAUUUUACUCUGUAGGAAGGGAGAAGAGUUUUGGUGUGACAACCAUAGAGAAGUUAGUCUGACCAAUAUUGUCUCCAGGAUUCAAGGGUGCGUAGUUUUCUGACACUUAGCUGCAGCUCAAGAAAAAACCAGGUGUUUCAAACCUGGACAAGGGUGCAUCGAUCAUAUUUUCAUCAUCCGACAAGUUCUGUAACGCGGGCAUGCGUGCCGGCCAAUGGCCGACAUUUGUCAUAUUUCUUGACCUAAAAGCGUCAUAUGACUUAGUCGACCGUGAGGUGUUGCGACAGUGUCUGGCUGUGAUACGAGUUCCGAGCAAGUACACAGUACUGAAGGAAGCUUUCUACUUGGACUCACGCACGGGUGUCAGGGUUUAUGGAGAGUUGUGGAUUGAUCAUAACUAGUGGUGUCUUGUAGAGAUGCCCAUUAUCACCGUUUCUAUUCAACUUCUUUGAAGACUUACUAAUGAACAUAACUUGAGAUACCUGAAACUUCACAGGGAUUGAUCUACUAUCUGUAUGCCAUCCGAUUGACUUGGAGUAUGCAGAUGAUAUUGUCUUGUUAGGGUAGAUGAAGACGGCAAUAAAAUGCAGAGUUUUCUGAACGCGUUGGUCGUUGACAAAAUCUCGGAUACAGAAAACUCUUUGGGCGCUUGGUAACUUACAUCAUCUGUGGUGCUAAUUGACGAGAUAUCCAACUACCUAUCAAAGGACGAGCAUACUUCACUGCAAUCCGUUCUGUCCUGUUGUACGACUGUGAGACAUGGCUGUCAAAAGUAGAAAGCAUGAACCAACUACAGGGAUUGAAUCACGGAUGCCUUCGUGGGAUUGCUCGCGUUUAGUGGCAUCACCAUAUGUGCAAUGAUGAGAUCAGGUGAAGAGUACUAGGCAAGACAGGCAAGUCGAUUGACAAGGUUGUGGGCCUUCAUCAGCUGAGAUAGCUUGGACAUGCACUGCAUACGCCGAUCCAUUGCCUACCUCCACGUGCUUACGCUGGGUAAAGUUGGAUUGUGUUGGAAGAUGGUUCAGGGUCGCCAAACUAAGACGUAGCACCAAUCAGUAGUCUCAAUGUUUGUCUGGGUCAUGACGGGUGUCCGUGACGAAAGGAGUUAGUGGUGGAGGACAGACUUUUGGUGACAUGUCUGAAAAGAGGUCAGCGGUGAAGAUGUAUUAACUCCUUGACCUCUAGGGGUUAGGUGUUCGCAUCGACUUUUAUCUUAAAACUGUUGACUCUAACAUAGGUUUGUAUACUAUGUCACUUUUUUUUAUCCACCUGUUCUUUGUUUCCUAGUGUGAAGUGUGGCAACUUUAGCCGAAGAACUAGUAUGUGGGGUUCUACGUUGAUUUUGACAGUUUCGAGAGCACAGCCCCACUGACGGACGCCUAUUACCAGCUAUAUUUCUUGACUUCAGGUUUAAAUGUUUCUUAGUAUUGUCACGCAUUGAAAAGGAAGCCGGGUCAAUACAACAUAUUGAUAAAAUUUUGAGGGGGUUGUGGAGAUUUGGAAAUAUUUCAAGUUGUUAUUCAUCGAAGACUGACAUCAGUUGGAGGAACAAAGGAAACCUGGGAGCACUGGACAGCUGUUUCGUCCUAGUAUGGGACUCCUCAGCAGUGCGCACCCACGACCCCACACCAGCAGGGAUCGAACCCGCGACCUUCAGGUUCCGCGACC